AUGGCGGAGCUGCAGAUGCUGCUGGAGGUGGAGAUCCCUGCCGGGAGAACCGCUCUCCUGGACGGGUUCAACAACCUGCUGACGGUCGCUGAAUACUGUGAGAACAACUACGUGCAGUCCACAGACAAGCAGCGAGCGCUGGAGGAGACAAAGAGCUACACAACCCAGUCCCUGGCCAGCGUGGCCUACCUCAUCAACACGCUGGCCAACAACGUGCUGCAGAUGCUGGACAUCCAGGCGUCCCAGCUGCGCUGCAUGGAGAGCUCCGUCAACCACAUCUCACAGACCGUGGACGUGCACAAAGAGAAGGUGGCGCGGCGGGAGAUCGGAAUCUUGACCACGAACAAGAACACGUGCCGCUCGCACAAGAUCGUGGCUCAGACCAAUCCCGAGAGGCCGGUGCGCUACGUCAGGAAACCCAUCGACUACGGCGUCCUGGACGACAUCGGACACGGAGUCAAGUGGUUGUUGAGGUUCAAGGGGAACGGCCAACAGAGCAUGACAUUAGGAAGUCUAUCCCGGACCACCCCCCCCUCCCAGAAACCACCCAGUCCUCCGAGGGCAGGCAGAGUCGUCUUUGGGAAGAGCUCCCCCUACAGGACCCUGGAGCCAGUGCGCCCCCCUGUGGUGCCCAACCAUUAUGUCUCCAGCCCCACCAGAAACAAUAUGGCCCCUGGGCAGCUUCCCAGUCCGGUCCGCAGCGCCACGCUCAACCACCGACCCCGAACCUUCAGUGGCAGCAGUGGUGGCAGUCACUUCAGCAGCUGCAGUCGAAGCAGCAGCAGAGAAAACAGUGGCAGCGGCUGUGUGGGCGUUCCCAUCGCCGUGCCGACGCCCUCCCCACCCUCCACCUUCCCAGUUUCUCCGACUGCUGGACCAGCUAGCUCCUCCUCCACCGCUCCUAACUCCUCCCCCUCCCCGACUCCGUCCUCCUUCUCCUCCUCCUCCUCCUCCACCACAACCCUCACACAACCCAGCGCACCCCUGCAGCCCAGCCCCCCUUCACAACCAGCGGACCCCCCCCCUCAGUCCACCGCACCCUCCAGCACCCCCCCCCUCUCUCACCCCUCGUCUGAGCUCCAGUCUGGAGAAGAGUCUCCUCUUCUUCCUCCUGCCCCUCCUCCUCCUCCUCCUCCUCUGUCCUCCUCCUCCUCACCUGCUGAAGGUCCGAUGGUUCCUCAGUUCUACAGCAUGAACCGACCUCCGCCACGACACCAGACUGCACAGGUGGGCGGGUCGCUGCCUUACCGCCGCCCCCCCUCUGUGACGGACCAGCCCAUCACAGCAGAGAACCACGUCAACGGGGGGGGCUGCUACAACCAAAGCCCGGCCUCCCCCCCGCCUCCAUCCCUCCUGCAGUUCACCCCUCAGCUGCCGCUCAUGGGGUUCGUUGCUCGAGUUCAGGAGUCCAUUUCAGACGCCCCUCCCACUCCGGCUGCUGAGAACCAAUCAUGGCCUGAGGAGCUCCUGCCGACUCCUCAGCCAAUGGAAGACGGACAUGAAGAGGACUCGGCAGCGGGGGAGUACAGCGACCCGUACACUGAGGACGACCCAGCGUGGGCCCCGAGAAGCUACCUGGAGAAAGUGGUGGCCAUCUAUGACUACACAGCUGACAAGGAGGACGAGCUGUCGUUCCAGGAAGGAGGGAUCAUCUACGUGGUCAGGAAGAACGAGGACGGCUGGUUCGAAGGCGUGAUGAACGCCACCACCGGCCUCUUCCCCGGGAACUACGUGGAGUCCAUCAUGCACUACGCCGACUGAAGAGAGAGAA